GGCAGUGAAGGGUUAACCUGUAAUAGGAUGAAUGGAUAUUGUGGUGAGCAGCAUCUGAUUACACGGAGACGCCAGCAGGCAUCGGAGGGGGAAGACACUUAUUAUCCAACAGCCGGAGAAUAACACGUUUUUAUUCCAACCAGCUUCACCGGGAAAUAAAACUUUAUCUACCCGAGAAAAGCCUCCGAGAGGCGGAUACAUCUGCGAGGAGUGAGGGGCUUCAAAUGGCCGAGGGGGACCGACGGCUGGCGGCGGAGUGAACUUAAAGAUGUCGCAGUUUGUGGAGCUUUAAACGAGGACUGCUUUUGUUUUUUAACCGACCCCUGAGACUUAAUCUGUCCGUGUGAGAGCAGAGGAGAGCGGCUGCAGCUCCAGCAGGGUCCGGGCUGGUUUUUAUUGUGGUGUGUUCCUCCAGGUCGGAGAGAAAACAGGCGCCAGGAGACAAAGGCUGUCUUCUGUUUGGACCUCUGUCCGUCUCUAUUUUCGUCUCUGAUAAGUCUUUUCUGCAGCCGCCAUCAUUCCGUGCUGUAAGGCCGACCCCGAAAUGUCUUCCAACGGAGACCUCAGCGACCUGGGCAGCUCAGACAGCUUCUGGGAGCCGGGGAACUACAAAAGGACGGUGAAGCGGAUAGACGACGGUCACCGGCUGUGCAACGAGCUGGUCAGCUGCUUCCAGGAGAGAGCGAAGAUAGAAAAGAGCUACGCCCUGCAGCUCAGCGACUGGGCCAAGAGGUGGAGGGGCUGUGUGGAGAAAGGUCCUCAGUACGGCACUCUGGAGAAAGCGUGGCACGCCUUCAUGCAGGCGGCUGACCGGCUCAGCGAGCUGCACCUGGACCUGCGGGAGCGCCUGGCGGGCGAGGACAGCGAGAAGGUUCGCAACUGGCAGAAGGACGCCUUCCACAAGCAGAUGAUGGGAGGCUUCAGGGAGACCAAGGACGCGGACGACGGCUUCCGCAAAGCACAGAAACCCUGGGUCCGCAAACUGAAGGAGGUGGAGUCCAGUAAGAAGAGCUACCAUCAGGCCAGGAAGGAGGAGUGGACGGCGGUUACCAGGGAAACGCACGCCAAGGCCGACACGACCAAGUCACAGGAGGAAGUCCGUAAAUACACGACCCGGGUGGAGCGCUGCAACCAGGAGGCCGAGAAGAUGAAGGAGCGCUACACUAAAGCCCUGGAGGAGCUGAACCGCUGCAACCCUCGGUACAUGGAGGACAUGGAGCAGGUGUUCGACCUCACCCAGGAGGCCGAGCGGAGGAGGCUGUGCUUCUUUAAAGACGUGCUGCUGGACAUCCACAAACACCUGGACCUGUCUGCCAAGGAGGGGUUCAAAGUUCUGUACCGGGACCUCGGUCAGACCAUCCAAGCAGCCAAUGACACUGAAGAUCUGAGAUGGUGGAAGAACACCCACGGACCGGGCAUGAGCAUGAACUGGGCCACAACAAAAGAGUCGACAUGUGACACCGAGUCGCCCAUCAGCAGGAAGGAGCGAGGUGGACACUCUGACAACCUGGUCACCCUCACCAACAUCGUGUCCUCGGGCGGAGACGACGUCCCGCCAAGUCCCAUCACCGGCAGGGUGAAAGAUUACUCGUCAGACUGGUCAGACGAUGAGAGUCCAAAGAAGGUGCUCGCUGUGAACGGCGUGGGCGAGGCCGAGGACGAGGACGAGGAGCAUCAGGUAGAGGGGGUGCGAGUCCGAGCACUCUAUGAUUACACGGGCCAGGAGGCCGAUGAGCUCAGCUUUAAAGCAGGCGAGCAGCUGCUGAAGCUGGGUGAGGAGGACGAGCAGGGCUGGUGUAAAGGACAGCUGAGCGGCGGCCAGGUCGGCCUCUACCCCGCCAACUACGUCCAGGCCGUUGCCUCCUGAUGGCGCCCCUUCCUCCACCCUUCCUCUUUGGUCACACAGCCAACGGUACGACGACGCUCAAGAUGCCAGGACCAAUCACAAGCUCUUAGCGCUGACACGUAGACAGUUUCUGACAGUUUUCCUGAACACGAGCCGGUUGGAGAACGCUGUUUGUUCAACGAGACGAGACGAGACGUCUCUCUGGAGUCCUGCCAACACAAACCGACUUUGUUCCUCUGCUCGCUGCGAUUCUCUUUCAUUUCUAGAGUCACGUUUAAUCAAAGAAGACGAAGCCUGGGUGGGACAAGAACGGAUCGACCACACCGGCCGACUGAAACAUCCGUCACACGUCACUCAAACCAUGCUUCUCUUCCAGACAGUUGGCUUAGCUCAGCAUAAAGGCCGGUUUGCUUCCCUAGACUUGGGAAGCAGAUUCUGCCUUAGAAAUUAAAGUCAACGACGACCCCGAUACGUCCGAUCAGAAGCUUAAAACUCACUAAAGAUUAGCAAUGAGCAGGCUAGCUGUUUCCCUCUGUUUCCAGUCUUUAUGCUAAGCUAAGCUCACUUAAAGCUCAUUAAGUGAAGAUGAACACGUUUUAAUAAAGUAUUUUGUCAGCUCGGUGAAAGCGGCCGUGGUGGUCGGAGAUGUAAGACUGUCAGUGCCUUAGGCCAGAAAUGUGACAGCGCCGCCCUGCUGUCUGACCGAGGAAUUAAUUACCUGCCGAUCCCAGUGGAUCUCCUCUCACCUUUGACUGUACAGGCAGCACCUGAUUGGCUGUAAACCUCUCAUGCCCCUCCCCCUUCGUUAGCUCGGUUAUUUUGUAGAUUUUUAGGUGUGACACUGAAUUUUUGUUUGUUUAUAUCAAAAUUAUUCUGAUCAUGGACGCUUUAAAUAUUUUUUAAGAAUCACAGUCGACAUAUUUACUUUAUAAUUUAUUUCCCUCUUUUUAAUUCAGCAAUAAUCAGUCUCACCGGGAGAGUUGACUGUUUUAGUUUUUUUGUUUUGCCGUGCAGCGAUCAUGAAGCGCACGCGCCUCAAACAUCUAAAAAAAAAAUGAAAAAAGUGAUUUUGUUCAGUUUCUUUUGGUUUUUUAUGUUUUUAAGUUUGUGGUUUGUGUGUGAGGGAAAACUCCGAGCAUCGCUUCAGCUAACCCGCGUAGACAGAGAGAGAUAAUUAACAUUAACGCUGCCGUGCUGCUUUCCUGAUUGAAUCUGUCCUUUUCUUUACAAACUGUAACAUAAAGUGGGAAGCAAACAAUAAAGAGCUUUCUUCAGACCUU